UCACUAUUCACGAUUUCGUACCACAACGACCACAACUGAUCCGACUAUUUGUGCUCUAUUGCUACGACGGCUCUGUACAUGUUGCGGAACCGACGCGAUUACUCUAUUUUAUCAGCCUUGCGACCGACUGCGACCGACUCCGACACGUCCCCUUUGAGACAGCAGGAGCCGACCAGACUUUGCGCCAACCCGUCCAGGAUCUGGCAAAGAACCCAAGGCCCCUCCCAAAUCACCGAAUCCCAAGAUGGCUGAACAGGAGGAAGAUUUCAGCUCGCUGCCAUUGCCUGAUCGCUUUCAGCACAAGAUAUGGAAAGUACGAAAAGCAGCAUACGAAGACGGUGCGAAGCAAUUCGAGAUUACCCCCGACGAGCAUGACCCUGCCUUUCGCCCAUUUCUACAAGAGCCUUCACUGUGGAAGGGAGCAGUUGCAGACUCGAAUGUUGCCGCACAGCAAGAAGGUAUUGCGGCAUUAUGUGCCUUCCUCAAAUUUGGCGGCCGUGAAGGAUGUACGAGGACACGAGGCCAUACAUUGACCCCCUUGGUCGAGAAGGGCCUAUCCUCCACCAGGGCUGCAACCAAACAAUCCGCCCUUGAGGCCAUUUUACUUUACAUCGAGUUAGAUACCCCCGCGCCUGUCAUCGAAGAUCUCCUCCCUGCGCUUUCUAAUAAACAACCAAAGGUCGUUGCUGCAACAUUAGCAGCAUUGACUGCCAUUUAUCACAAUUAUGGGUGCAAAACGGUGGACCCAAAGUCUGUCCUCAAGGUUCUACCGAAAGCAUUUGGCCACGCGGACAAAAAUGUGCGAGCAGAAGCCACGAAUCUGGCGGUGGAAUUUUACAGAUGGCUGAGAGAGGCGAUGAAGCCAAUGUUCUGGAACGACUUAAAGCCGACGCAGCAAACGGAAAUGGAAGCUUCCUUUGAGAAAAUCAAGUCAGAACCAGCGCCGAAGCAGGAACGUUUUUUACGGUCACAGCAAGCUGCAAUGUCAAGAGCACCCCCUCCGGGCGCCGCAGGAGCUGUUGAAGAGGAAGAUGAAUUGGAAGCUGAAGGAGUGGAGAUUGAUGCCUUCGAUUUGGCAGAACCCCAAGACGUUUUGUCCAAAGUUGCACCAGAUUUCCACGAACAAUUGGCUUCAGCGAAAUGGAAGGAGAGGAAGGACGCCCUCGAAGCACUAUACGUGAUUCUUAAUGUUCCCAGAAUCAAGGACGGCGAUUUUGGCGAGAUAGCAAGAUGUCUAGGGCCGAAGUGUAUGAAGGAUGCAAACAUUGCCGUCGUUACUCAAGCUGCACAAUGUAUUGAGGUCUUGGCAAAGGGGAUGCGAAAGCCGUUCGGCAGAUAUCGAUCGAUUGUUAUGGGCCCCACCAUGGAGAGACUAAAGGAGAAGAAAGCUUCGGUAUCAGAUGCGCUUGGAGCAGCAUUGGAUCAAGUGUUUGCCGCCACCAGUUUGUCCGAUUGCUUGGAAGAGACUCUCGAAUUCUUGAAGCACAAGAAUCCACAAGUCAAGGAGGGCACCAUGAAGUUCCUGAUCAGAUGUCUGAAGACCACCAGAGAAGCUCCCGCAAAACCCGAGGUUGCUUCAAUUGCAGAGGCAGCAAAGAAGCUGUUAUCUGAGUCGGUUGAGGGUUUGAGAUCAGGAGGAGCAGAAGUUUUAGGGACGGUGAUGAAGAUCAUGGGCGAGCGAGCGAUGGGACCGUAUCUCGAGGGUCUUGAUGAUAUCCGAAAGACAAAAAUCAAGGAGUACUUCGAUACGGCUGAAGUGAAGGCAAAAGACAAGCCAAAGCCACCACCAGCGGCUGCUCCUCGUGCAGCGGCCCCAGCAGCAGCUCCCCGAAAGGUCGUUGCUAAGAAGCCAGCCACGAAGAAGCCAGCUCCAGCUCCUAGCCCAUAUGCUCAAGAAGCUUUGGCACCACAACCGACCGCAAGAAGCAUUCCUGGCUCGAAGCUCGGGGCCCCCAAAACAUCUGGCUUGGCUGCUCCGGGAGCUGGCCUCAAAGCUCCAAUGAAGCGGACCCUUGCUGGACCUGGCGGUUCUGCCCCACCAGCUCUCUCAUCACCACGACGCCCAGUCUCACAAGCGCCUCCGCCAGAAGAAGAAGCACCUGCACCCCCUCGUCUCGGUCUUGGUGGUCGUGGUCUCGCCGGUCGCCCUCUUGCUGCGAAAGCACCAGCACUUGCUCCUCCCGCCAGUCAAUCAAUAUCUCCCCCGCCAAAUUCGGGGUUAACAGCCCUGGAACGAGCUGAACUGGAAGAGCUACGACUUGACAAAGAUCGUUUACUGCGACAAAGCGAUGACUUACGACAAGAACGAUCGAGAUUGAACUCGGAAGUUCAAGAAUUGAAGAAUCAAAACGCGCAAUUAAUUGAAGACCACACUCGAGAUGUCCUCUCUAUCAAGGCGAAAGAAACACAGCUCGUCCGCGCAAGAUCGGAUUGUGAAGCGGCAGAGGCAAUGUGUGGCCAAUUACGGAGAGAAAUGGAGCGACUCAAGCGUGCUCUAACCAGUGCCGAAAGGGUCAACAGUCCUCCGGCAUUAAGUCCCGGUCGAGACGGCUCAACAGACGAAGCUGGCAUCUACCGCGACACAGGUAUGUACAGCGGCACUCAAGAGACCGCCAGAGCAGGGUACGGCCAUCGAGCUCGGAUGUCCUUAAACUCGGCACUCAGCGAGGAGAAAGAGAAUACCGUCGACGCAAUGACUGCACAAUAUGGUCGGGGUAAGCUGAGUCCAGAGCUUGGCCGCAAUGGGCGGAACAGCGCUGCGAGCGGCAGUGGUGGCAGAAAUAGUCCUGCACCUGCAUUCCAAUCGAGGAUCAGAGAUACGAGCACCGAGGGCGCAAGACCGGAGGGUAAUGGACAAGGCGUUGAGAGCUGGAAGAGAGCGGCGGAAGUCACGAGUGCUUUGAAGGCGAAGAUCGAGCAGAUGAAGGCCCGACAAGGCAUCUCGAGACCUUAAUUCCCUUCUUUUAUACAUCCGUAAUGGCAGUUCAAUGGCCACCUUGAGCGAAAGAAGAGCAUACUUGCCGCGAGUGGC